AGCUGCGACGGCUGCGGUGACGUCGUAAAGAAGCCAAAGCUUGACCAGCAUUUUAAUUCGCGCUGUCAUGCCCCAUUCACGUGCCUGGACUGCUCGACGCAGUUCUCGUUUCCAGGACAGUGGAAGAGUCACACGAGUUGCAUAAGCGAGGAGCAAAAGUAUCAUAAAAGCGUGUACAAGGAGCCAAAGGGCAAGAAA